GAGCGCUUCUGGAGAUAUUACAGCGGACCCAGCCCGCCGCGACGAGCACAAAGUCACGGGGUAAUGAACUUCUGGGACCCUAUGCCGCUCAGAGAGCGGCUCUCCCGGGAAAUCAGGACCUGGCCGCCUGUUCCUUCGGAAGACUUCCCGGCAAUCUAGUUUUCCCACAACGCGCUCGGGUUUGGGCAGCGCCGAGCCCAUCUGCCUGAGACUGCGGUUGUGUUUUCCUUCUUUCUUUAGAAGACCAGCGGUCUGUAGAGAUCUGUCCACACUCUUCGUGCUUAAUGUAGAGGGAGAAACUGAAGACUGAGAGACAGGAAUGGGGAAAGAGAGGGAUUUUGCCAUUCUUGCUCCGUAGGAAGACCAUUCCCGUGUCUCCAUCUCUGUCCUUCAAUACCCCUCUCUUGUUCUCCCUUCUUUCGGUCUGCUUGUCCGCCUCUCCAUUUGUUUGUUCAUGCGUGUGUCCCUAUCAAGCAACAUUCCCAGCAGCUGCAGUUUUGCAAGAGCCGGGAAGAAACUUAAGGAUGCUUAAAUUUCCACUGUGGAACGAAUUCUGAGCUCCCGAGGAGCAGCGCAGAGCGCGAUCGACAUCCACCUGUCCAGCCCGGGAGCCUCGCAGGCUGGAGGGCGGCUGGAGAGUGGCGGAGCCCGGCGGCGAGGCGGACGCUGCCGGCCGGGACUCGAGCAGCGCCCACCAACCGCUCCGCCCGGGGACCGCAAGCAUGAGCAAGCCGGCCGGAUCAACAAGCCGCAUUUUAGAUAUCCCCUGUAAAGUGUGUGGCGACCGCAGCUCCGGGAAACACUACGGGGUCUACGCCUGCGACGGCUGCUCGGGUUUUUUCAAACGGAGUAUCCGAAGGAAUAGGACGUAUGUCUGCAAAUCUGGAAACCAGGGAGGCUGCCCUGUGGACAAGACCCACAGAAACCAGUGCAGGGCGUGUCGGCUCAAGAAGUGUUUGGAAGUCAACAUGAACAAAGAUGCUGUGCAGCAUGAACGGGGCCCUCGGACAUCCACCAUCCGCAAGCAGGUGGCCCUCUACUUCCGUGGACACAAGGAAGAGAAUGGGGCAGCCACACACUUCCCUUCUGCAGCGCUGCCCGCACCAGCCUUCUUCACCACGGUCACGCAACUGGAGCCACAUGGCCUCGAGCUGGCCACGGUGUCCACCACCCCGGAAAGGCAGACCCUCGUGAGCCUGGCUCAGCCCACGCCCAAGUACCCCCAUGAAGUAAAUGGGACCCCAAUGUAUCUCUAUGAAGUGGCCACAGAGUCAGUGUGUGAAUCAGCUGCCAGGCUUCUGUUUAUGAGUAUCAAGUGGGCUAAGAGUGUACCAGCUUUCUCCACCCUGUCUUUGCAAGACCAGCUGAUGCUUUUGGAAGAUGCUUGGAGAGAACUGUUUGUUCUAGGAAUAGCACAAUGGGCCAUUCCGGUUGAUGCUAACACUCUACUGGCUGUAUCUGGCAUGAAUGGUGACAACACAGAUUCCCAGAAGCUGAACAAGAUUAUAUCUGAAAUACAGGCUUUACAAGAGGUGGUGGCUCGGUUUAGGCAACUCCGGCUAGAUGCUACCGAAUUUGCCUGUCUAAAAUGCAUCGUCACUUUCAAAGCUGUUCCUACACACAGUGGUUCCGAACUGAGAAGUUUCCGGAAUGCUGCUGCCAUUGCAGCUCUUCAAGACGAGGCUCAGCUAACUCUCAACAGCUACAUCCACACCAGAUAUCCCACUCAGCCCUGUCGCUUUGGAAAACUUCUGCUGCUUUUGCCAGCUUUGCGGUCCAUUAGCCCAUCAACCAUAGAAGAAGUGUUUUUCAAAAAGACCAUCGGCAACGUGCCAAUUACAAGACUGCUUUCAGAUAUGUACAAAUCCAGUGAUAUCUAAUCCCUUCAAGUCCCUACUGUUCUGUAUGGGACAGUCCCCAUGGAGGACAAGCCUCAACUAACAAACCCUUCAGGAAGCAUACAUCUGGGGAUGUGGAGCCUUCAGGAAAAAAAUGUCCAUUGACACAAAACAGUUCCAGGAGCUUUGACCUGCUGCCUCACCCAGGGUAGGGCAGCCCGAAAGGAAAGGGGGUGUAACAGGACCGCCUGAGCAGAUAACGCGCUGCUGCCAUGCCCUGGGAGGGGGCCAAAUUGAGGGUUGCCGUGGGCCAUGCCACUCUGCCUCUCACCUGGAAGAUCUCUCUGAACAUCAUAUGCUGAAACACAAGUAGAACUUUCUUUUCCUUUUUAGCACAUAAAGUUGGGUAACCAAAUAUAGCUCUGUGCGUAACACCAUGCAGCAGCCCUUAGAACCAUCUUAUGGUGGAGACUUCAUUUUAAAAACAAUGGUUAGGUUGAAAAUCAAAUGUUUUAUCAAAAGUUUCCCUUCUAUUGUAAUGCAUCAUUAAGUGACCUUCAGAACUGAAUUAAUAAGUGAAAGGUAGCUUAUGCCUUGAGAUUGGCUUUUUCGCUUUUUCCUUUCUCCUUUCUUUCGUUCUUCUUCUUUUAAUACCGUAGGCCAGGCAACCUUGUCAGAGGAAUUGGUGGACAAAAGUGAAAUUCUCACCAGGACUUCAGGUUGGAUAACAUCUCAGAAAUAGAAGAGCUUUACUAAAAGAACAGAAGGUGAGGGAGGAAGAAUAAAAACAGCAAAACCAAAUAAAGUGGAGGUGAGCGAUUGAGUGAGGCAGGUUG